GAUUAUAAGGCUACUAAGCCAUGAAAGCUCAGAUUACUGAAAUUAGAGGGGGAGGAAUGGAUUCUUUUGGUUCUAACUCUAAACAUCCCACCGGAUGCAGGUGUACGUGCAAAUGGACAGACCAAAAUCUCAGCAAGUUCGAACCUCUAGUACAAUAAGGCGAACCUCUUCUUUGGAUACGAUAACAGGACCUUACCUCACAGGACAGUGGCCACGGGAUCCUCAUGUUCACUACCCUUCGUGUAUGAAAGAUAAAGCUACUCAGACACCUAGCUGUUGGGCAGAAGAAGGAGCAGAAAAGAGAUCACAUCAGCGUUCUGCAUCAUGGGGGAGUGCUGAUCAACUAAAAGAGCAGAUUGCCAAACUGAGGCAACAGCUUCAACGUAGUAAACAAAGUAGUCGUCACAGUAAGGAAAAGGAUCGGCAAUCUCCUCUCCAUGGCACCCAUAUAACAAUCAGUCACACUCAGGCUACUGGAUCAAGGUCAGUUCCUAUGCCACUGUCAAAUGUAUCAAUGCCAAAAUCGUCUGUUUCACGUGUGCCCUGCAAUGUAGAAGGAAUAAGUCCUGAAUUGGAAAAAGUAUUUAUUAAGGAAAACAAUGGGAAAGAGGAAGUGUCCAAGCCUUUGGACAUACCAGAUGGUCGAAGAGCUCCACUCCCGGCUCACUAUCGAAGCAGUAGUACUCGAAGCAUAGAUACUCAGACACCUUCUGUGCAGGAGCGCAGCAGUAGUUGCAGCAGUCAUUCACCCUGUGUGUCCCCUUUUUGUCCUCCGGAAUCCCAGGAUGGUAGCCCUUGUUCAACAGAAGAUUUGCUUUAUGAUCGAGAUAAAGACAGUGGGAGUAGCUCACCGUUACCCAAGUAUGCUUCAUCUCCCAAACCAAACAACAGCUACAUGUUCAAACGGGAGCCCCCAGAGGGAUGUGAGCGAGUGAAAGUCUUUGAGGAAAUGGCGUCUCGUCAGCCUCUCUCGGCCCCUCUCUUUUCAUGUCCUGACAAAAACAAGGUUAAUUUCAUCCCAACUGGAUCAGCUUUCUGUCCUGUGAAACUUCUAGGCCCUCUCUUACCUGCUUCCGACCUGAUGCUCAAGAACUCUCCUAACUCUGGCCAGAGCUCAACUCUGGCAACUCUGACCGUUGAGCAGCUCUCUUCCCGGGUUUCCUUCACGUCUCUUUCAGAUGACACCAGCACAGCAAGCUCCUUAGACACCUCUGUCCAACAGGCAUCCCAGCAGCAGCAGCUCCUGCAGGAACUGCAGGGUGAGGAACACAUCUCUGCUCAGAACUAUGUGAUGAUCUAAGCAUAGGGGGAGCUGGCCUCCACCCCAUGUUCCAUGGACUGGGAAAAGGUCUCAGACUUUUAUCUGCAUGGAGUGACAAACUUUCUGAACACCACCACCAACAACAAAAUACUUAUCAGCAUCAUAAAGUAUCUCUUAACACUGAUCUUGGCAGGGACGGAACUCCUAUUCAGCAGUUUUUGUGGAAAGCAGUAAUGCUUGCAAAAUGUGUAUGUCAUUCAGCGUUUAAGUGGAGACUAUGCAUUUCAUGGUAUGUUUGACAGAUUAGUACUGUGUCCUGUGUGUUGUUCCAGAUUCUUCAGUAUAAAUAAGCUCUAUAUCAAAAAGUUGCCUGUCUAAAUAGAAAAUGUCUUGCUGUGUUUUGUCCUAUGGAAAAUACUGUACUUCAGGAUUAUGUUUACAAUUGAUCCAGGUGUUUGUUUCUAAUUUCUGUAAUACAUACAAUGCAAAAAAAAAAUGGCCACAACAGUUGCACAGUGCCCACCCUAUGGCCUAGCUUCAGGUACUUCAGUUGAAGUCUAAACUCAGGUAACUUGGAAUGUAUAUCAUAUUGGGAUAUUAAAUAUUUCACAGCUAAAAAGCUAAAGAGGGAACAUCACUCUUGCCUUUCCUUAUUUUAUGCAUUUCCCUUUCCUCAUUACAUUCCACAUUCUUAAAAUAAGAAGUGCAUUCAACCCUAGGAGAAUGAUAAUCCUGGACAUGGGUGAACAUGAGGAGAACCAGCAAAUCUGUGGUGUGACAUCACUUUUGUCAUGUGGUAACAAGUUAAACAACUGUUGCAUUCACUGUUCCAAUGUGUAAAUGUGGCUGUUUUAAUUAAAAGUUUGGGUGUUGCUCAGUUAGUGACUGUUACAAUGUUGCAGAUAAAGUAUUCAGUACUAGAUUGUACAUAAACAUUCCACAUUAUGUGUGAUGAAAUUUAAAGACAAGAAUGUCUAGGUUUAAUUUCAAAACAGGGUUUUGAAGUUUCACAGGGGAUGAUUGAGGUUUUUUAUGUUGGCCAUCAGGGUCAUAAUUGCUACCAUUUUUAUCUGAAAGCAUAUUUAUGCUUAGUUUCUCUUUUGGAAAUUGUUUAAUUUCCAGGUUAGAAAGUGACAAAGUUUUGUUUAUUAGUUUCUUCAAGCAGUUGAGGUGCAUGAAGUUGCAUUCAUGCAGAGAAUACUUGGGUCUCAGAAUUGGUGCCACAUAAGUAAGCAGGUGAUUUGGUGACUUACAAAAGCAAUAUUUCAAAGCUAAUUUAAGCCUUGCAUAAUACUAUCAUGAAUAGUUUUGUUAAUAUUUUGGAUAUGUGAAGUAGAGAAUAUAUCCAAGUAAGUAGCCUUGAACUUGAAGACUUGAAAUAAGUUUUCUGUAAAGUGUGAAGAGAGCCCUAGAUAUUCCUGAUCAGUCAGUGGGAGAACCUGACUUUCAGACAGUUUUCUGCAGCACAACAAAAGUAUCCAAAAGUCAAAGGAAGCUUUGUGUUUUUAUUCCAUUGAUUUCAGUUAUGAAAACCUAGAGUUGUCUUAUCUGCACCCAAAGUGUGUGGCACAAUAUUUUCUUAAGAAGAAGGGGAGAACAAGGUGCCUAUAUUUAAAGGAAUAUUUCAGUUUUCUUCAGUCAUUCCUCAGUUUUUCUUUAUUUGCUAAGGAGGUUGAAGAAGGAUGAGAUGAUAGAAAAGAAAGCAACACCAUUAUUUUUUUCAAAGAAAUUAUAUGUAUAUGUAAAUGUUUGUGUGUAUGUGUGGUCCAUGUGUUAUUUUGUCAUGAUCCCAAUUCUCUUCUUUCCACCAAAGUUUGCAGUAAUAUUCUCUCCUGAAGGUGCAUUUUGGCUCCUUUAAAUUAGUCAGUGUUAUAUUGUAGGAGACUGUCAUGGAGAAAAAGACUCAGUUUACUUUUGCCAUUUUUCACAGGGGAACCUUUUAAAACAAUCUUUCAGCAGCAGACACCUUUAACCCUAAUAAUCUCAGGCCUUGAUGAAAAUACUAUAUUUUGUAGAUUAUGGUUAAAGGGAGAAUUGCUAGUUCCGUAAGAUAAAUAUGAGCUCCAUUUAACUUCUGAUAUCUGGUUUAGCAUUACAUGAUGUGUUGAUCUUAUGCUCUGCUUUGUCCAAAUAAGAUGCAAUAGUAUCAAUAUCAAUUUCAGAAAGAUGGACUGAAUAUGCUUUUUUCGUGAUGAAAUCUGAUGUACGAUAUUUAUAGUGAUGUGCUUUUAUUUUCUCAUGAGAAACUAAAUAUUGUGUUGUACAUUUGUUCUUAGCAUAUAUUAAAGUUUUGAACCAAAUGUGUUAAAGCUUGUGCUUUGCCAUGUAAAUUUUCCAGAAGUUGUUGAGCUCAAAUGUAUCCUACAUCCAGCUGUAGAAAAUUGUCAGAAAUUGUUUAAAUUUUGUAUAUAGUUGUACUGUUUAAUUUUAGCCACUGCGCUGAACAGUAUUCGAGUUAUCAUACAAUAUGGCUUUACACAAGGAAAUGUGUGGCUUCUGUUUUGUAUUUUUUCAGUAUAGAAGUUCCUGUGUCUUAUUUAAAUAAAGUUAUUAGUAAAACUGGAA